CCCUCCUUACUACUACCUUAGACUAGAAGUACCAUAGGCGGGAUUUGGUCGCCUUUUUCGAGCCUAAAUUCUUAAAAUUAACAGUUAGCACCACUGUUGCAUCUACAGAUUUAAAACAGUCUUCAUAAGGGACAUCUGUAAGUCGAAUCAGAGCUAAAGGAGGGCCUGCUUCCCCUCAGACUCACAUAGAGGCCAUCAUGAAGCUGACGGACAAUGUGCUGCGGAGCUUCAGAGUGGCUAAGGUGUUUCGAGAAAACUCGGACAAAAUUAACUGCUUCGAUUUCAGUUCUAAUGGAGAAACAAUUAUUUCCAGCAGCGACGACGAUUCAUUAGUUUUGUACGACUGCCAAGAGGGAAAACCCAAAAGGACCCUGUACAGUAAAAAGUAUGGAGUGGAUCUGAUCAGGUACACGCAUGCUGCCAACACUGUGGUCUACAGUUCCAACAAAAUCGAUGAUACUAUCCGGUACCUGUCACUUCAUGACAACAAAUACAUUCGCUACUUUCCUGGGCAUAACAAAAGAGUGACGUCUUUGUCCAUGUCUCCUGUGGAUGACACAUUUAUUUCUGGUUCAUUAGAUAAAACAAUCAGACUCUGGGACUUGCGGUCUCCUAACUGCCAGGGUCUGAUGCACCUGCAGGGGAAGCCAGUUUGCUCCUUUGACCCAGAGGGUCUUAUUUUUGCUGCAGGAAUAAAUUCAGAGAUGGUUAAACUUUAUGAUCUGCGUUCAUUUGAUAAGGGUCCCUUUGCAACCUUCAAGCUCCAGUAUGACCGGACAUGCGAGUGGACGGGACUCAAGUUUAGCAAUGAUGGGAAACUCAUCCUUGUUUCAACUAACGGAGGAGCCCUUCGCAUCUUAGAUGCUUUUAAGGGCGCAGUACUACAUUCCUUUGGGGGCUACAACAACAGUAAGGCUGUGACACUGGAGGCAUCAUUCACCCCAGACUCUCAGUUUGUCAUGAUCGGUUCUGAAGAUGGGAAAAUUCAUGUGUGGAACGCAGAGAGUGGUAUGAAAGUGGCUUUACUAGAUGGAAAACACACAGGGCCAAUCACCUGUCUGCAGUUUAACCCAAAGUUCAUGACGUUUGCCAGUGCCUGCUCCAACAUGGCGUUCUGGCUUCCCACCAUCGACGACUAAUGAAGUUAGCAAGGCUUCUGUUGUAAAGAGUAAAAGUGACCAGCAGGGGGCAGCUGUGUGUAAAUUUCACUGGAACUACGGCCCAUGAAAUACCAAUUGUAAAUAAGUAGUCCGCACAAAUACAUCAUUUGUCUAUAAUUUUUUUAUAUUUCUAUUUAAUAUUAAACCGUUUCUUUGUAA